AUGGGGAAGAUAGCAAGCAUCGAAUACUUCCGGGUCCCCCCCCGCUGGGUCUUCGUCAAAAUCGUCGACGAAGCAGGCAACUUUGGCUGGGGAGAAGCCUCACUUGAAGGUCACACUCAGGCCGUAGAAGGCUGUCUAGAUGCUUGGAUUGAGAGAUAUGUCGGAUUUGAAGCAGAUGAUAUCGAACAUAUAUGGCAGAUGUCAUGGCGGACAAGCUUCUACAGAGGUGGUCCCGUUUUUAUGAGUGCUUUAGCAGGAAUUGAUAUUGCCCUCUGGGACCUGAAAGCCAGGAAAUUAGGGGUACCGAUCUACCAAUUACUAGGAGGGAAGGUACGGGACAAACUCAAGGUGUAUGCCUGGAUAGGGGGAGAUCGGCCUUCAGACGUAAAAUCGCAAGCACUCGCCCGCAAAGACCAAGGCUUUAACUGCGUAAAAAUGAAUGGUACCGAAGACCUCGGCUGGCUCGACUCGCCCUCCGCAAUGUACGAUUGCGUUGAGCGACUAAAGACUGUUAAGGAGGCUGGAAUGGAUGCAGGCAUCGAUUUCCACGGAAGAGUCCAUAAGCCGAUGGCAAAACAACUGGCCGCAGCGCUCCAACCCCACCACCCGCUUUUCAUCGAAGAGCCCCUUCUCUCUGAACACAUCGGAGGCCUCAAGGCCCUCUCUCAACAAACCUCUAUCCCCAUCGCUCUAGGCGAGCGUCUCCACUCCCGCUGGGAUGUGCGGCCCUUCCUCGAAAGCGGCUGCGUUGACAUCCUGCAACCAGAUAUCUCGCACUGUGGCGGGAUCUCAGAAAUGAAGCGCAUUGCCGCAAUGUGCGAAGCAUAUGAUGUCGCACUUGCGCCGCAUUGUCCUUUGGGGCCGAUAGCGCUUGCCGCAUGUGUGCAGGUUGAUGCCACGAGUGCGAACUUUGCGAUUCAGGAGAUGAGCUUAGGGAUUCAUUACAAUGUAGGUGGACAAGAUUUGACGAGUUAUAUUCAUAAUCCUGAGGUCUGGGUGGUUAAGGAGGGAUACAUUGACUUGACGAAGGAGCCAGGAUUAGGGAUUGAGGUCAAUGAGGCUAUGGUUAGAGAAUUGUCGAAAGGAGCUAAGGCUUGGGUUUCGCCGGGAUUCAUUGGACCCGGCACAUUCAGGAAGAAGACCCGGUGUACUGGCCGGUGCCCAUGCACGCUAUGCUUGCGCACUGGACUUCCAUGCGAGUUCACUGCCUCAUAUACGAGAGGAAGAUUGCCGCUAUCAAUGCCUACUCAAGGUUCCGCUCUAGACACAUCCAUGACGAGUUCACCAAAUACAUCACUGCAGCUACCUGUGCCGAAUACAGUUCUGGAUCGCCCGAACACCACGGAGCCCUUUAUCAAAGUAGACAGGCUCACUGUUCCAGAUGACCCUAAUCGGGAUCCACCUUCAAGGUCAUCACCCGAGCCGGCGCAGACAGAUCAACAAGGCCAUUACGUUGGGCCUGCUUCAGGGGUAUCUUUUCUUCUACGAAUUCAGAGAAGAUUACAUCAAAACAGUUCUCUAUCUCAUGAAUCGUCAAUAUUUACCUUCGGCGAUGCUCCUUUGCCUGAGUUCGAUCCCACGUUCUUUGUCUUACCCCCGAAGGCUGAUGCCCAACGCCUUGUGGAAAGAUACUUUGACUUUGCUUCCCCGACCCACCGCUUCUUACAUCGACCUUCAAUUGAGAAGAUGCUCCAGGAGUUCUAUGAAACCAUGGGUGAUAUGCGGAAUAAGGAGGAUGCACCAGCGAAGACGGCUCUCCUUCUAAUUAUCUUUGCACAGGCUCAAGCCUAUAUGCCACCCGGGAGUAAAACAGGUAGUACAGAUACAAGUGCGCGAUAUUUCUUUGCAGCAGACCACCAACUUUCCAAAGAGCGUGGAGCAAUCCGUUUGGCGAGUGUGCAGGCGAGAUUGGGACAGUGUUUCUACCUUCUUACGCAAUCACGCAUCAACCACUGCUGGAGCCUUUUUGGAACAAUGGCGCACCUUGCCCUUGCAAUAGGAUUACAUCGUGGACGGAGAUGCGAACCGUCAGGUACCUUAGAUUAUAUCGAACUAGAGAGCCGGAGACGCUUGUUCUGGUGUGCGUAUACUUUGGAUAAGUACCUUGCUGCAGCUCUUGGCAGACCAAGGACCUUCAAGGAUGAAGACAUUGAUCAGGAGCUACCAACAAUUGUUAAUGACAAUGACCUACAUGCCACGUCCAUCAAUCCUUCGCCCAGCAAAACCCAAUCGGUAAUGAUGGCGCCGGUGGAACAUGUUAAAAUAUCUCGCAUUGUGAGCUUGAUCUUGCGCGACUUGUAUCCUAUCCGUCCACCCUCUAUGCCUCUCCGGAUCGAACUCGCCACAAAGUAUUCUAAAGACCUCCGCGAGUGGCGAGCAAACCUAACCCGUUUCUUGGACGCGGAUGGCGUUGAUACGUCUCUGCUAAUACCACUCUACCAGCGCCAGCGCAAUGUCCUCAACCUCGCUUACCACCAUGCUAUUCUUCUUGUCCAACGCCCUUUCUUGCUUAGCAACUUUGCUAGCCUCGCGUACUACGACCACCGGCCAGGGAGCAUGAACAACAUUGAUACCACACAAAACAUCGCAGAAUGCCUGGAAGCUGCCAUGGCCAUGGUCCGUAUUGUUGAUGAAUUGUUCCAAGGAAAUCAGAUCUUCCGCGCCUUCUGGUUCACACAAUAUUACGCUUUCUGCGCCGUCGUCGUGAUCUACAUAUACCGCAUCCAGCAGCACUUCGUCGAGCCAGGGAAAUGCGAGGGAUAUUUCGCCGCUGGCCAGCGCUGCCAAGCCCAGCUUUCAUCUAUCUCAGAGACAGAUUGCUUGUCAAAACGGUACUGUCUUGUUCUUGAAGAAUUGCGUCUAGAAGCAACCCGUCAAACAAAUCAACAAAACCGGCCCGCCCUAGCUGGUUCACCCGCUGCUCAAUCCGAUCAGUUGAGCUUGCCAACUGUCUCGGCUGGCAUGCCAAUCUCGUCAUCGACCCCAAAAAGCGAUGCUAGUGCAGGAUUUGCUGCCACCUUUUCUUAUGGAGGGAAUAUCCCCCCAACGCCAGAAAGUGCAGUGUUCAAUAUGAUCCCGACAAGUAGUAUCAUGGCCGACCUGACGAGCUGGGGUCAAUUUGAUAGCCUGGUCACGGCCGGGAUUGGAGUGCUGGAUGGGAGCUUUCCGGGAGAUUCGGGAUUUGGAUUUGGAUCUAGUGCAAGAUGA